CUAUCUGCAGUCGUGUGUAAGACCUUUGGCAACUCCCUGGCCAAAAGGAAAAUAGAUAAACUAUUCUACUACAGCAGUAGAACUUUUCAGUGAUUUUCAAUGCGCAUUUUCUUUGUGUGUAUGUGAAUAAAGUAACAUGACAAAAACCAAACAAAAUAAAAAUUGCGCAUAUUUCAUAUAUAAUGAAAAAAUGAUAUGGAUAUAUUACGUCAUCACAUACAUGACGUCACAUAUAAAAGCACAAAAGGAGUAUCAUGUCAGUUACAGCUACCCCGUAAAAAACUGUGAAGAUGGCAAUUGGUACAAAUGUGACGUCAUUAGAAACAGAUUAUGCGUCAAGUUCGUUGACAACCAACAAAGCGCUCAAUUUCUCUGCAAGACCGGAGUUUUCAAAGAAGAAUUCAAAGUUUGUUCAAAUUUCCAAAAAAAUCAAGACUUUUGUUGUGGAGAGUAUGAAUUCGUCCGGGUUUUGAAAAGUUGUGGAAGUUCUUGUAAUGAAAACACCGAGCAAGUUGAGUACAAGUGUAAAUGUAGAUCAGAUUCUCCUUGCACGAAAAUCUCUCAUCGAUAUUGUCAAUGCAAAGGUGUUGUAAAUGAUUGGACAAAAUGGGGAGAAUAUGGACCAUGUAGUGCGACAUGCAACGGUGGAACAAAAGAAAGAUCAAGAUAUCGUUGCUACACGAGCGAUACAAAUGAAAUAACUACAGACUGCGCAGCAGAACAGUACGAAGAAACGUCUACAGCUUAUUGUAACACCUUUCCCUGUGACUGGUUGGAACCGACAGAAACGACUGCGCCUCAAAUACUAUCAACUACUACAUUGGAUAUUCCAUUGGGGGGUAAAAGCUUUAUAUUACCAGAAAAGGAUUGCAACUUGCUUUGCUCUAUGAGUCCCGAUGUUUCAACGCUGAAUCUUGUUAAAAACUGCGGCGCCUCCUCUGAACCCGGAAAAUGUAGCAGUUCAGAAGUAAAAUUUGCCGUGACAUGCGAUAAAGCUCACAAAUGCUUGGAACUUGACAAAUACCAAUGUACUGUAUACGGAGACUGGUUGAUUUGGACAGAAUGGCAAAGUGACGGGGCCGGUUUGUUGCAUAGAUAUCGCCAUCGCUUAUGUGACGUUGCCGUUAGUCAACUGAAGGAAGAAAUCAAAGAAUGUCAACGAGAAGUUCUUAUUGAGACAGAAUGCAAAGAUCACGUGUCAGAAGGAACUGAGUCGACCACGCGCGGAGUUGACACCGAACCUACAUCGAUGCACAGUUCAUGGAUUAUUCCUCUUAUAAUCGCUGUCGUUUGUUUCAUCCUACUGAUGUGUUGCUGUGGAACGUGGUUCUGUUGCAUGCGCCGUAGACGCAAAAAACGUAAGACUGGCGUCGGCGAAAAUCAGCAAACAGGAGCCAAUGAAAACGGCGAUGACGUAUUUAUAAAUGGACAAGGGAAUGUAACAACCGUUAAUGCCAGAACUGGAACAACGAAUGGCCUGAACGUGAUGCAUCGAAUUGAACGAAUAUCGGAGCAUUUGUAUGAGGCAAUAUCAAUGAGAGGUUCAAGGUUAUUCUCAAGGUCAUCGACUUCAAACGACGGAAUGAAUUCACAAUGGUAUACAAAUGGUCAGGAAACGACGACGAAGCCAAGUCAAUUAUUCGUGCCGGUCAGUGACAAGGUUGAGAAUGAAUAUGUGAGCGACGAUGAUGGAAGUAAUAGAUUGCCAACAACUUUACUUUCAACUGACAUACCGAUGCGAAAUACUGGCAAGCUUCACGUAUCAGAAAGAGAUAACGUUCUCCGAAUAUCUGUGAUGGUGACGGAUCCAGACGGAAAAGAAGUCUUAACUGACGAUGAAUUGAAAGACGAUAAAAGCCAAUCAUCAAAGUCGCUUCUGAAGACGACACGUAACACAAGUGAAGAUUAUGUGGCGAUGAAGAAUGAUCAAACUCAGAACACAGCAAUGAUGCCAACUCUCACCCAAAGAAAAAAGCAAUGGGAUCGAGUUCCUUUUCCUCCACCAUCAACUUCGUCAAGUCCAAGGAUUUUCACAACAAACAAGACCGAUGACGUAAUGAACAAACCUUCAAAUCAUAGGCAAGUGGGAACGUUCAAAGCAGGAAUCAUGAACAUGCUUCAACAUGUAAGAAAAGGACCAGAAAAUGAAAACAACAAACUGACGCCUAAAUAUGACGAUGUAUCUCCCGACAUGUCGAUGGGAGACGAUUUGGACGGUCAAGUUUAUAUUCCUUCCGCUCCUGGUUCUGUUUGUGACAAUACAUCUAUGUGGUCUGAUAGCACGUUUGAUAGCGUCAACUACUCAGAUCGUGAAAGCUCAGAGUCUCCACCCGAAGAUAUUCAAAUUGUCAGCAACAGUAAGAAGAAUAAGCGAGCGAAAGGAAAACCAGACAGAAAGUCGAAAACUUCACAAAUAGACAAAGACGCAACGACAGCACCUCUGCUAACACCUAGCAACACCUUAGUGCCACAAGUGCCGACAGCAACCGAAUAUCUAACGCCUAACAGUCGACGAAUCGCUUCGGUACAAUAUUUGUCUCCACGACCGGGUAAUCCCGUGAACGGUGGCAAAACAUCGAGUCAAAGUUCGCCAACAUCGGGCCAAAAUCACCUCACUCCAACGCUGUUGCCAUUGAACAACGAAAACGAAACUUAUUUGCACAUGAACGAGGGCAGAUCAACGGUAAAAAGUUGGUUGAACCUCGGACCUGCUCCAGAUCCGAAUAACGACGAUCUUAUAUAUGGACCAAAUCGAGUGGAUUCGAUAAGUAGUUCCAACGACUAUUGCACCGCUAAUGAUGUGAGCCAGAGCCAGCUUGACCAUAUGAAACAAUUACACCGACAGCAAAGUUUAGAUGUCAAAUACACAACCUCGCCUUCACACGAGUAUCCACAGACUGCAAGUCCAAGCGUUCUGCCUCUUGAUGCAGGCGGGUAUUUUAACGUGCACUUUCCUGGGCCUCCAUCUCAACGAAUUAACACAAUUGAAGCUCAAAAGGCCGCCAAAAAUGUCAUCAGAGCACCGCUGAUGCCAAAGCAUAAAAAGUGACGUAAACAAAGCAUUUUUAGUAGAUAUACUCCACUGUGACAGUCCUAUUUGCGAUUUAAGAACAGUAUUUUCCAAAACUUGGUGACAUAAGCUACUAUUUUAAUGCAAAACGAAACCUGUCGCAAUCCUCCGACUGAAAGAAAGGUUGUGAAAGUCUAUCUACCGAGCAUUUUGCUAUUCUGACACAUAUACGAGCGGGUAUGAGAACAGGAUUUUCCAAAACGUGGUGACAUACUAUUUUAAUGCAUGACAAAACUUGUCACAAUCCGCCGUCACAAAGAAAAGUCUUAGAAAUCGAUCUGCCCUUCUAGGACUAUCAACACAAUCUGUAGGGGAACAGCGAACGUGCUUCUUAUCCACCAGCGUGUUUUUAUUUCAAAUCUAUCUGGUCACAGUCAGUGGUGGGACUCAGCCGGUUCUAUAGAACCGUCUCACGGAAUUUUAUGAGAUCAGCGAAUCGGUUAGCAUUAUUAAAUAAACAUUAACUGAACCGGCCGAAAAAUAUGACUUUUGUGAUGGAACAGGCUGACAAAAAAUUUGAAUCCCACCACUGGUCACAGUACUAAGUCAAAACUAGUGUUCUAAAAUUGUGUUGCUUUUAAUUAAAAUUUUGAAUUAUGCAGCAAUAAAUGUAAGAAGCAUAUCUUGGCUAGAAUCUUACUUUGUUGCAAUUUCUUUAGGUAACAGUGCUGCGUCAGUCGCCCCUGGCCCUAAAUACUUGGCAAUUUAA